GAGGUUGUUGACAGACCACAAACUAACUUGCGCUCUUCCUUCACCUCAGUUUCACAAUUAAUAUAUUUACAGUGAUGGUUUCACAGCUGGACAUGAGGCUAGUUCUGUUUUCAUCUGUGGCUUUUGUGGCCUGCACACAGAGUGCUUUUCCUCCACCAUGUGACAGUGAGAUAUACUGCUCCGGGCCCAUCUUGCAUCAGGUACAGGCAGCUAAACUGUUUGAUGAUGACAAGUACUUUGUUGACAUGAAGCUGAGGGAAACUCCUGAUGUUGUUUUGUCGGCUUUUCAAAACCUGUCACAAGAAUCACCAAACAUCCCGCCUGCCAAACUGCAGGAGUUCCUCAGGACGUACUUUGAGAAACCAGGGACGGAGUUUGAGUCGUGGACUCCAUCAGACUGGCAUGACAACCCAAAGUUCCUGGGAGGGAUAGCAGACCAACAACUGCGGAGCUGGGCUGGAAAGAUCCAUCAGCUGUGGAAAUCUCUCGGCAGAAAGAUUCGUUCCAGUGUUGAGGAUCACCCCGAGCUCUACUCCCAGAUCUACACCCCCCAUCCUGUCGUUGUGCCGGGGGGCCGCUUCAGGGAGCUCUACUAUUGGGACUCCUACUGGGUCAUCAACGGGCUCCUGCUGUCAGAGAUGACACACACGGCCUACGGGAUGAUUCAAAACUUCCUCUACCUCGUCGACAGAUAUGGCUUCGUUCCAAAUGGUGGGCGGAUUUACUAUGAACGGCGAAGUCAGCCUCCAUUCCUCACUCUAAUGGUGGAGAGCUACUAUCAAGCAACCAAGGAUAAAAAGUUCCUCAGAGCCGCUUUACCGACUCUGGAGCGGGAGUACCAGUUCUGGAUGCAGAACCGUUCUGUGGCUGUGAGAGUGAACGGGUCAGAGCAUAAACUGAACCGGUAUUAUGUGCAGGUGGGCCUGCCCAGGCCUGAGUCCUACACUGAUGAUCUGGAGUUAGCCCAAGGACUCACUGAUGAGCGAAAGGAGCAGCUGUGGAUGGAUCUGAAAGCGGGUGCAGAGUCUGGCUGGGACUUUACAUCCCGCUGGUACAGUGACAGUGACGGCACCCUGGGCUCCACCCGCACCAGUCAGAUCCUGCCGACUGACCUCAACGCGCUGCUGUGCCUCAGCGAGAAAACUCUGGCUUCUUUUCACAGGAUACUGGGUGAUGGUGACUCAGCUGCACAGUACGAGCAGGCUGCAGCCCGCAGACUGCAGGCCAUAGAGUCCGUGCUGUGGGAUGCUGAGAGGGGAGCCUGGUUUGACUUCAACCUGGUGACAAACUCCAAACACUUUGAGUUCUACCCCUCCAACCUGGCACCUGUCUGGGCUCAGUGUUAUUCUCAGGCUGAGAUGGGAGAGAGGGCGGUGCAGUACCUGAAGAGGAGCGGAGCCCUCCAGUUCCCCAACGGAGUGCCAACGUCUCUGAAGGAGUCCGGGCAGCAGUGGGACUAUCCCAACGCGUGGCCUCCUCUGCAACACAUGCUCAUCGAGGGUUUAUCCAAAAUGCCUUCAGAGGAAGCUAAACAACUGGCGUUCGAUUUGGCCCAGCGUUGGAUCAAGACAAACUGGUUGGCGUACAUGAAGUACGACGCCAUGUUUGAAAAGUACGAUGUGAACGGAGAUGGCAAACCCGGCGGCGGUGGAGAAUAUGAAGUUCAGCUGGGAUUUGGUUGGACCAAUGGCGUGGCCCUGCAGCUGCUGGACCAGUAUGGUGCGACUCUCACCUCAGGAAGCGGAUGUGUGUCCUCUUCCCUCCUGCUGCCUCUGGCCAUCUCAGCCGCCCUCCCGCUCCAGUGAAUCAAAGGUGACAAAAAAGAGCCUGACUGGAGGCUGGGUUUAUUUUUUAGUCUUUGCCCUGCACUAAAUCAGUCCCAUCCUCCACCUGACUUCAAACAAACACACUGACAGUUCAAAGAAGACUAAAUUGUUUAUCUUUUAAUUUGAAGUUUCUAUAAAUCCCAUCGGAUCGUUUUCAUUUUGCAGGAGAAACGGGGUAUGAUUUAUGAUGACUAAGAGUUCCUUGGAUGAAUAUUUUAGUAUUUAUCCUCAGAGGUAAAUAAUCUUUAAUAUUAUUUAGAAGCUGCAGAAUGUGUAGACGCUCCUGGACUCUCUCCAAUGACACCAGCUGUUAGUGCUUCCUGCUGCUCCGAUCACAACAUUAACUUGUCUCAGAUAUUGAGCUGACAUUACAAACAGUCGUUCACCUCGUCCAAUUAAAACGUUUAUUGCUGAACUCCCUCUGACGCUUCUUCUUUAUGCAUGCAAACUCGACUUGAAAUGUAAACCGGCUCAUGUGAGCGACAAAAUGUGAAUGGAAUAAACGUUUCAAACAUA